AUGACUGACGUUGGACAAGUGGUAACACUGUAUAUGAGAAAUGGUAAAUGUAUUCAGGGACGGAUCAAGUCCGUUGAUUCAGAUAAUCAAAUUGUGCUCGUAGAACGGCCCUUUUUAGAUGGUAAGCCGAUGGGUGGACUUGAAAGAAAAUUCCCGAUCAGUUCGAUUCUUUCUUUCCGGAUUUUGGAUGUUAGGACUGAAACAAGGAAUGGAAAGGUUAUUUCUGAAGGAAUUACUGCAGAAUCUAUAGAUGCUCCUAAUAAUGGUGCAAGUGCGGAAGGAAGCAAAGCACGAUCAGCUGAACAUUCGAUGAACAUUCAAAAACCUUUAAUUGAAUUGCAUGCCGCCGGUGACUUUCCAUCAAAAGCAGCAAAACAUAUAAGGUCAGCACAACGAGCAAAUUUCAAAAAGGGAUCGGGUAAAGCAUCUACAAGCACUCACAAGAAUAUUGCUACCACCGAUACUGCCACAGUUCUCGCGUUCAGUAAUAAUCCAUCACUACAUACAAAUCAACAGCAGUCGCCUUGCUCCUCUCCUUCUGGUUCGUCUUGUUCAUCGCCAAUAACCAAAGCAUUAUCGAAAUUAAACAGUAAGCCUGGAACUCACUCAGGUGGGAAACGUUUUCCAGCAAAUUGUAGUGAACCGAAAUUGCUGCCAUGUUCAGCUGGUCAGUCGCACAAGGCAAGACGAAAUCGUGGGCAUAGUGGGAUAUUGGAAUCAGAUGCUUUUGGUCAAAAUAAUCGAGAUAAGAAAACAAAUGAAGAUCUUAUUAAACCUAUUGAUUUUGAUUUGAAUGAGGAUUUCGAUUUUGAGAAAAAUUUGGAGAUUUUCAGAAAUUAUGAAAAAAAUGCCAAUAUUUCCGAGCAGAAGGAAAUCUCAGCUCUGGGGACGCAGUUUUCACAGAAGAAUUACGAACAUUUUGAAAAUAUCAUUUCGGAUCCAUCGAGAGUUACGUCAUGGACAACAAGGACAAAUGAUCAGUUUACUGCUGCUCGUUUUGAAAAAACAGUGGAUGGACAGCGGAUUCCGUUUUUAAAACCGUGUGAUAAGGAAAAGUUUUUGCAGAGAGCGGAACCUUAUUUGGGAAGUGAUAUAUUCCAUGUAAUGAUCGCCGAUCGUUUAAUGCUAAAAAAGAUUGCAAUACAGUCAAAGUUUGAAAUAAUGGUUAGUCAAAUGGUUGUGUUGGACUCAGCAGCAGUUAAUACUUUUUUAACGACGAUGUUUUUGCGCCACAUCUCAAAUAGAGCUUGUCAAACAGUUGUAUAUUCAUGCUUACUUGGGCAGUACAAUUUGCCACAUGUACUUCAAGUCCAUGAUGUACAAGAGCUUCCGAAACAUGAUGUUCAACUUAUCGUUGUUUUGGGCCCUUUGCUUUUGGAAAGUGUCAAGAAAUGGAUAAAGAAUUUGUGGCCGCCAGUUCAUUUGAUUUGUAUAGAGAAACCGCCAGAGCUUAUCAAAAAUGAGCAUAUCUUGAUGGUUGGUGUUGGAACUGAUAACAGUGAUUCCUUAAAGCAAAAGAAUUCGGAUGGUUUGCGCAGUAUUGCAGAUAUUGGGAUACCAUUUGCUUGGAUGGAUGCUGAUUCUGCUGCAUGUCUUUCACGUGCAUUUGCUACUCAAAAUAUUGUUUUAUGUUGA